CACCAUCAUCUAUACUUGCGUCGUGAACACACCGUCUCCGUUUCAGUAUGCUAGUAGACAAGCAGAAUCGAGCGUACGUUGCAUGUGCAGCAUGUGUGCUGAUUGUCUCGCAAGGAACUUUGGCGAAUGAGGAGUAUCAAGUAGACGCCAUAUCGGGAGAAUCCGUCUCGCUCUCCUUGUUGGAAUGUGGCAUUUGGCUGGCACCCUCAACCAUUCCAGGCGCCGGGCUCGGCAUGUAUGCUGGAAAAGACUUCAAGUCUAACGAGAACCUGCAAGCUUCGGGUGACGUGACGAUCCCUAUUGUAGACAUGCCGCAUCAUCAGAACGGAGACUGGAAAUUUCUCUGGGACGAAUAUACUUGGAACGCGGUGAGUCUCGGCAUGAUUCACGAAGGCUUGAUCGACGUAAAUGUUGCAUCUCCUGGAUUUGGUUCCGCUGCAAAUUCCUUCCUACCGUUAGUUAAUGUGGAGGAGUGGAACCCCGAAUACGGCGCCUGUGGACUUCAUCGAUCUCGAGAUCCUGGUGCGGGAGCCUUUUCAACCUACCACAAUCGCAUUUCUACCGCCAAGAGAGAUAUUGCCGCAGGCGAAGAACUCUUUGUAGACUACGGAAGUAACUGGUUUACUAGUCGAGGACAUCUAGGUCCCAUCCCUCUUUACAAAGACUUGGAUCGGGCCACACACCUGUUUCAGCAAUUUAAAAACUUGAAAACAAAGUUGCAAUCUCCCACUUUGAAUACAUUGCUGACAGAAGUAUGGAAUGAGUUUGUGAGUUAUAGCAACUAUGCAGAUUCCAGAGUCAUUGGUGCAUUUCAUCACCAUGACGAGACGGAGCUCCGGCGACUGGAAAAUCAAACUUUGACCGAGAUUCGUUUGCAGGAUAGCUCGAGAUCGAGAGAGUGGCUAGCUUUACAUGGGACAUGUGGUGAUCAUAUUGUCGCUGGCGUGUCGACCAUUCGUCAAGCCGGCCGUGGAGCUUUCGCGACGCGUGAUCUCCCGGUCGGUACAGUCGUAUCGCACAUUCCUCUCAUCCAUGUUCCGGACCGAAAACGAUUCGAAAUGUACAACCUCGGGGUUGAAGACGGAGAAAAAUAUCCCGAUAAAGCUCUCGGGAUUUCUGGCUAUCAACUCCUAUUGAACUAUUGUUACGGGCAUGCCAAUAGUACGUUGCUUUUAUGUCCGUACGGACCUAUGGUCAAUUUGGUGAAUCAUAAUAGGACAUUGGCCAACGUGGCCCUUCGAUGGGCAGAUCCACGCCGCGGAAAUCACAUGCCGGCCCUUUUAAAGGGAUCGAUUGAGGAACUAGAAAAGGACAGGACGGCGAAGCUUGCCAUGGAAUUGGUUGCAACACAUGACAUCCAAGAAGGAGCGGAGGUCUUUAUGGAUUACGGCGAUGACUGGGAAAAAGCGUGGCAUCAACAUAUCAAGGACUGGGAAGCACCGCUAGGAUCCCAUGCGUACAUAUCGGCCGACGAUAUGAAUGGUGACAAAGAGAUGCACCUAAGGACCGAGUUCGAAUUGCUUGAUAAACCUUACCCUCCCAAUCUCGAACUCAAAUGUAACGAAGCUUUUGUUGACAGUGCCUGGGAAAAUGCCUGGAAUGCGGGUACUUUAAGAACCUUUUUGGACUCUAAAAAGGAAGACUCCUUUCUCCCGUGUGAAAUUCUUCGCUCAGAAUGGAAAAAGGGUAAGCUGCUAUACACUGCUGUACUGCAUCAGAAGGGGGUGACGGACAGUGCAUCGGAUCGAAAUGAGCUACUCGAACAUGUUCCACAAGACGCGUUUCAGUUCCGAGACAAGCAUUACACAACAGACAUGCAUCAAAAGAACGCAUUUCGACACGACAUUCGAAUACCUGAUAACAUGCUUCCGAGUGUGUGGAUGAAUCGAAAAGAAUAAUGUAAACAUCACAUCAAAACGCCG